CCCAUUUUUCCGUUCCACCAUCUGCACCUCCACCAUUUCGCACACAUCACCAAACACACCAUGGAUUUGAUUCAAACCAGUAGCCCACACUUGUUCUGCACUCCGUUACCCAAACACUGGCGUUCGAAUAAAUCUCUUCCAAAUCAGUUUCGUGUUGUAAGCCUGAUCACCAUCCCCGAUGGAACCCGGGUCAGUGUGAGUGCCGGAAACGAGGAUCGACCGUUUGCCGAAUUGAAAAAUCCAAUCACUGUGAUGCAUGGGAAUGAGGCCCGGUUUAGCGAUUUGCGAUUCCUCGGUCGAAGUGGUCGUGGUGAGUCAUUCUUCUCGAUAAUCGUGUCAAAACACCAUUCAGUUUAUUUACAUGCAAACUUCAGUCAACGAAGUACAGACCAUCUAAGUCACCUUUAUACUUCAGAGAAUUUAAAAGUCUUUGAAAUUAGAUCGGUUUCAAAGAAGAGGUCCGUAAAAGUUUCGUAA